GCUUACGCGAGUAAGAUUCACACUCCCACUUUGGACCAAAAUCGACGACCAAUGGCGACGGAAACGCCACCGAUACACCCCUUCAUCACACCGUUCUCGUAUCUACUGGGAACAUGGAGAGGACAAGGAGAAGGUGAAUAUCCAACGAUACCUUCCUUCCGCUACGGAGAAGAGAUCCGCUUCUCACAUUCCGGCAAGCCGGUAAUAGCUUACACGCAGAAGACAUGGAAGUUAGAAACAGGAGAUCCGAUGCACGCGGAGAGCGGUUACUUUCGUCCGAAGCCAGACGGUUCCAUUGAAGUCGUUAUAGCUCAGAGCACUGGUCUCGUUGAGGUCCAGAAAGGAGCUUACAACGUUGAUAAGCAAACGAUUACACUCAAGAGUGAGCUUGUCGGAAACGCAUCCAAGGUGAAGGAAACAAGCAGAGCAUUUGAAUUGGUUGAUGGAAAGCUAUCCUAUGUUGUUCAUAUGAGUACAACCACACAGCAUCUUCAACCUCAUCUCAAAGCCACUCUUGAGAAGGUUUGAAAGUUUGAAACCUCUGAGUUUCUCACCGCUUGCUGCUGAUUUUGCAUUUGAUUCUCUUUUGUGAGAUUUCUUAUUACAUCACUGAAGCUGACAAUUUGAGAGCUUAAUGGGCCUUUCUGAAUAGCAAAAGGCCUCUUUAUCAGGUCGAAAGUAAUUUGAAUCCAUUUAGUGACUCUACCUUCUGAUCGCAAUAGUCAAGAAUGGAGAUUACUUAACAUAAUCUUCAGUUCAUUAAAAAGC